UUCAAGUUUAUGAAUUUCCCACUCAUGUUUUAGAAGAACUCUGAAUUUUUCUUGGAUGGCUUUGGCUCAAAGAAUAAGAAAUAUAAAGUUUCGUUAUUUUCUUGGGAGUCAAAUUCAAGUUUUAAGUUUUUUUCGUGUGUGGUCAAAGACAGUAACAUAAAGUCUUUGGUGGCUUUGAGCUUUUUUGCGUAUACGCGUGAGACUGGUUUAAACGUUGUCAAUAGUUGACUAAUCUCUAUUUUCAAUUUUUUGGGAAAGUUCGAUGAUUCUUUCAAAUUUAUUGUUUAUAUGAAUCCGUUGUUGUUUAAACGUUGAAGAUCAACUUUUUUUUGUUUAUCCUCUGUGAUUAAAUCUCUUUGUUUGUUUCUCCAUCAAUAUAUAGUAGCAAUGUCGCUAGUUCGAACAGUGACGAUCGUUCUUUUUAUAAUCGCGUUUCUGCAAAACGCUGCGGCUCAGAAAAGACAGCAGAGUAUUGUUAAGUCCCGCGGUGCGGUUGCAACGGAUGAUGGACGGUGUUCUGUAAUCGGGAUGAAUGUUCUUCGUGAAGGAGGAAACGCGAUUGAUGCGUCGGUGGCUGCUGCUCUUUGUUUGGGCGUUGUCAGUCCCGCGUCUAGCGGUAUAGGCGGUGGAGCGUUUACAGUGGUUAAGAUAGCUGGUGGGAAAGAAAUCGCUUAUGAUUCUAGAGAAACCGCUCCUUUAAGCGCCACUGAGAAUAUGUAUGGAGGUAAUGUUGAGCUAAAGAAGAAAGGAGCCUUAUCAGUAGGCGUUCCCGGGGAAGUCGCAGGUCUAUUCACGGCUUGGAAACAACACGGGAAGCUACCGUGGAAGCGGUUAGUGAGUCCUGCAGAGAAACUUGCAGAGGGAUUCAAGAUUUCAAAGUAUCUUUAUAUGCAGAUGAAUGCGACUAGAAGCGAUAUCUUAGCAGACAAAGGUCUCUCUGACCUAUUUGUUUCAAAUGGAGAGCUCAAGAAACCAGGGACGAUUUGCCAUAACCCAAACUUGGCUUUAACCUUAAGGCUAAUUGGAGAGUACGGUCCAAAAGCAUUUUACAAUGGCACAGUUGGGGUUAACCUAGCGAGAGAUAUCCUUAAAUCUGGAGGGAUAAUAACUUUGAAAGAUCUGCAAAGUUAUAGAGUUAAGAUUAACGAACCGUUGGCCGCAGACAUUCUUGGAUAUCGAGUACUUGGUAUGCCUCCUCCUUCAUCCGGUGGCGCUGCAAUGAUGCUUGUUUUGAACAUUCUUUCCCAAUAUGGGAUUCCAUCAGGUGUUUCAGGCCCUCUCGGUGUUCAUCGACUAAUCGAAGCUCUGAAACAUGCGUUCGCAGUUAGAAUGAACCUAGGGGAUCCAGAUUUCACUGAUAUUACCAAGGUUGUUUCGGAUAUGUUGUCUCCAAAGUUUGCACAAGAUUUGAAGAGAAAGAUAAACGACGAAAAAACCUUUGAUCCAAAAUAUUACGGCGGCAUGUGGAAUCAGAUCGACGACCACGGGACAAGUCAUUUAUCGAUCAUAGAUCGCGAGAGGAAUGCUGUGUCAAUGACUAGUACAAUAAAUGGCUACUUUGGGGCAUUGAUGCUAUCUCCGAGCACAGGAAUAGUUCUGAACAACGAAAUGGACGAUUUCUCAAUCCCGAUGAAAUCAAACGGUAACUUAGAUGUUCCACCACCAGCACCAGCUAACUUCAUCCGUCCUGGAAAACGACCUUUGUCCUCUAUGUCACCCACCAUUGUACUCAAGGAUGGUAAAGUGAAAGCCGCGGUGGGAGCGAGCGGAGGAGCCAACAUUAUUGCUGGGACAACGGAAGUUUACUUGAAUCACUUUUUCCUCAAGAUGGAUCCUUUUUCUUCCGUCUUAGCUCCAAGAAUCUACCAUCAGCUGAUACCAAACAGAGUAUCGUAUGAGAAUUGGACCACAGUAUUCAAUGAUCAUUUCGAGAUUCCUAAAGCGACAAGAGUUGUGUUGGAGAAGAAAGGUCAUGUCCUAUCGCCCAUCGCCGGAGGGACGAUUGCUCAGUUCAUAGUUCAAGAAUCCGGCCGGAACUCCGGCGGAAGGAGUGAGCUUGUGGCAGUAAGUGAUCCUAGAAAAGGAGGGUUCCCUUCAGGAUAUUGAGAUCGGGAUUAAUUAUUUUUUUUUUCAUUGUUUAUUGGCUUAUUGCACCGAAUAUAUAUCAAAUUUUUAUUUUAUUUUUAAAGUUUAAAUCUCACUAUCAAAACUCGUUGCCGAAUAUAUGAAAUAAUUUAUUUGGCCCAAUGAGUGUGUCGA